CAAACUUGUGUCCCUCAUACUGGCAAUGAAAUGUUGUCAACCCUAGCCAGAUAUGUGGGAGCUGGGGAUACAAGGUAGAAGGAAGGGGAGCAGCUGGAUGAUUUUAAUAAACCACCAAAAAGGACUGUGAAAUCAGGAUCAAGGCCAGCUCUAGGCAUAACUGUGGGAAAUCCUUGGAGAAGUCCCAAUUGUUGAAUCCGGAGUGAGGAGUUCUUCUGUGUAAAAGGCUUUCCCCCCCUUCUCCUUGGCCUCUCAUUAUUCUGCUCCCUCUUGCAGGAAUGGAGGAGUCUCUUUCGCUAACAGGGAAAUAUCAGUCUAAGGCAGUGUUUCUCAAACUUUUUGGAGUCAAGGACCGCUAAAUUCUUCGUGCAGAGUUUCAAGGACCGCUACAUUCUUCAUGUGCAGUUUCCCGGACCAGCAGUUAGUAAAGGGGUUUCAAGUCUGUCUAUCUAUCUAUCUAUCUAUCUAUCUAUCUAUCUAUCUGUCUGUCUGUCUGUCUAUCUAUCUAUCAGACUUCUAUACUGCCCAAAACUUGCAUCUCUGGGCAGUUUAGAAUGAAAAUAAUAUAAGCAUUAAAAUAAUUAAAUUUGGAAUCUUUUGCAAACAUGGAAUAUUAGGGGUUCUUAACCUUGGGUCCCUCAGUUAAACUCCCAUAACCCCCAGCAACAAUGGCAUUUGGCCAUUAUGGCUGGGGAUUAUGGGAGUAGAAGUCCACCAACGUCUGGGUACCCAAGGUUGAGAACCCCUGAAUCUAAAAGCCUGGGUGAACAAAUUUGUCUCCAGUAUGUCUGGAGUGGAGGUGCUUGUGAUUACUCAGUGGAGAGGGGAUGUUGGGCCAUUAGAAAAAUUCAAAAGCUACAUGGGGCCAAUGAAAACAACAUACAAGCAAGCCCCACUGAUGCAAGAGGGAAACAGCGUUCCCGCUCAAGGCGCCUCGAUCACAACAGGCAGCUGGGUUUCAAUCAACCAACCUUUGGCUGCAAACAAUGAGCAUGCAAGAACCAGCAGCCCUUCAAGUGGCGCCCCCUGCCAUACUUUUUCCUCCAUGCCCCCGCAUUGCAUACAGUUUGAAGCUGUAAAGAUAGGGAAUAAGAUAGCUGUAGGAAGAUCUCAGCAGCACGUGGAGGCAAGGCACAAGAAGGGUCCCAUGCCUCUGUGAUACUCUUCCUCUUCCGUGCCAUGUGCAAAAUUGAGGAAGUGAGUGCCUUGAUUUCAGUUGGGGGGGGUUGACUCCCAGUCAGGGACCGGCACUCAACCCUUCGGGGACCGGCAGCGGUCCAGGGACCGGUGGUUGAGAAACACUGGUCUAAGGGUUAAGCUAAGAGAGGCGAGAUUGCUAGAGAGUCCCCUUGAAACUUGCAGCUGGGACUGGGAAGCUUUCCUUCCGACCUCUUCUCAGCCCGGGAAAGGAGGCUUCGGACCCCCCCAUGAGCAGCCGCCUGCCCCGCCACGGCAAGGGAGGGAGACGGAUGGAGGCUAUGGAAGAGAAUGACUCAGGUGGCCCACAAGCAGAAAGCAGCUCUGAUGCAGCUGAGGUUAGGAGCACAGAAGAAGGAUUUGUCCAGAAAAGCCUGUGUGCCGACAACACCAGCUCAGAUGCACAGUGCCAGCACUUCAGGCAGUUCCACUACCAGCAGGCCAAGGGGCCCCGAGAGGUUUGCAGCCGACUCCACAACCUUUGCCAUCAGUGGCUGAAGCCAGAAAGACACACGAAAGCUCAGAUGCUGGACCUGGUGAUCCUGGAGCAGUUCCUGAACAUCCUGCCCCCAGAGAUGGAGAGCUGGAUCAGAGAGUGUGGAGCAGAGACCAGUUCCCAGGCAGUGGCCCUAGCAGAAGGUUUCCUCCUGAGCCAGGCAGAGGACAAGAGGCAGGAAGAGCAACAGGUGGGGGGUCUGACAGCAGAAGUGGCUAAUGACCUCUCCGAGGCAGAGGAGGCUCCAUUGGACACCGGAGAAAAGCCACCCUUCAGGUGGAUGGUGCAGGAGGGUGACCGAGGUGCCAGACUGUUGCGCAUUGGAAAGACCCCGGGGCCUCCUUCCAGGCCUUCUCUUCUCGGUGGUGAAAGGGAUGUGGUUGCCACGCCAUCACCGGAACAGGGUCGGGUGACCUUGGGAGAGGUGGCUGUGUACUUCACAGAGGAGGAAUGGGCUCUGCUGGAUGCUGCCCAAAGGGCUCUGCACAAGGAAGUAAUGGAGGAGAAUUCUGGGCAUCUGGCCUCUCUGGGUAAUGAGAGAGAAAGUGAAAUGCUGUCUAGAAAACCUGAAGAAAAUUGGAAGGAGAGAGAGAAAUGCAUUGUUCCCAAAGGAUACAACAUGCAUGAAAUUCAUGUCCUGAAAGAAAGUCACAAUGAAAACAGAAGGAAUAAGAUCCCUCUGCAUGUAAAAAUCUUAACUUCUAAACCAAACCAUCGCAUGGAUCAAAGAAUCCACACAGGAGAGAAGCCAUUUAAAUGCUCAGAGUGUGGAAAGAGUUUCAAGCAGAGGACAGGUUUAACUAGACAUCAAAGAAUCCACACAGGGGUGAAACCCUAUCAAUGUUUAGUGUGUGGAAAGAGCUUCAACCAGAGCACACAUCUUGCCAAGCAUCAAAGAAUCCACACAAGAGUGAAACCCUAUCAGUGCUCGGUGUGUGGGGAGAGCUUCACCCAGAAUGCAAAUCUUGCUGUGCAUCAAAGAAUACACUCAGGGGUAAAACCAUUUCAGUGCUCAGUGUGUGGAAAGAGCUUCAACCACAGCACAAAUCUUGCUGUGCAUCAAAGAAUUCACACAGGAAUGAAACCAUAUCAGUGCUCAGUGUGUGGAAAGAGCUUCACCCAGAGCGCACACCUUUCUAUGCAUCAAAGAAUCCACACAGGGGAUAAACCAUAUCUGGGCUCAGUUUGUGGAAAGAACUUCAACCAAAGCACAGGCCUUAGUUGCAGUGAAAGAAUCCACACAGGAGAGAAGCCUUUUAAAUGCUCAGAGUGUGGAAAGAGCUUCAACCGGAGCACACAUCUUAGGAGGCAUCAAUUAAUCCACACAGGAGAGAAGCCAUAUCAUUGCUCAGUGUGUGGAAAGAGCUUCAACCAGAGCACUCAUCUUGCUGUGCACCAAAAAAUCCACACAAGUGGGAAACCCUAUCAGUGCUCUGUGUGUGGAAAGAGCUUCAGCCAGAGCACAGAUCUUAUGAGGCAUCAAAUAAUCCACACAGCAGAGAAGCCAUUUAAAUGCUCAGAGUGUGGUAAGAGCUUCAGCCAGAGCACUGAUCUUCGGAGGCAUCAGACAAUCCACACAGGAGAAAAGCCGCAUCGUUGCUCAGUGUGUGGAAAGAGCUUCAACCAGGGCGCACAUCUUGCUAAGCAUAAAAUAAUCCACACAAGACUUAAAUCCUAUCAGUGCUCUGUGUGCGGAAAGAGCUUCAGCCAGAGCACAGAUCUUGCUGUGCAUCAAAGAGACCACACAGGGGAGAAGCCAUUUAAAUGCUCAGAGUGUGGAAAGAGCUUCAUUCAGAGCUCAGAUCUUAGGAGGCAUCAGAUAAUCCAUACAGGAGAGAAGCCAUAUCAUUGCUCAAUGUGUGCAAAGAGCUUCAACCACAGCACAAAUUUUGCUGUGCAUCAAAGAAUCCACACAGGUGUGAAACCAUAUCAGUGCUCCGUGUGUGGAAAGAGAUUCAACCGGAGCACACAUCUUGCUGCGCAUCAAAGAAUUCACACAGAGGAGAAACCAUAUCAUUGCUCAGUUUGUGGAAUCAACUUCAACCAGAGCACAAAUCUUGAUAAACAUCAAAGAAGCCACACAGGGAUAAAACCAUAUCAGUGUUCAGUGUGUGGAAAGAGCUUCAGCCAGAGCUCAAUAUUUUCUUCUCAUCAAAGAAUCCACACAGCAAUGAAAUCAUACCAAUGCUCCAUUUGUGGGAAAAUAUUCAACAAGAGUUCUAACCUUUCUCGCCAUGAAAGAAUCCACACAAGAGAAAAACCAUAAUACUGCUUAGUGUGCAGAAAGAGCCUCAGGACAGCCUCACACCUUACUAGUCAUUAAAGAAUGCAUUCCUGAAGACAAACCAUGUAAAUACCUGCUGUGUGGAAAGGGGUUUAGCCAGAGUAUAGACCCUAUUUGACAUUUUAAAAGCCAUAUGGGUUACUGCCCGCUUGACGAGGUCAUCUGAGGGGGCUCUGCUCUGGGUGCCGACAAUGAGGGAGGCUCAGGUGUCGUGCAUGCGGGACAGGGCCUUCUCUGUUGCUGCCCCCAGACUCUGGAAUGCACCUCAAGCCUUAAUGGACAUCUAAGAAUUCACCAAGGAUAGAAACCAUUUCAUUGCAGAGGAUGUGUGAUGAGAAACGAGGCCCAAACCUCUUCUUUUUGUAAAUAAGAUUGUAUGUGUAAAUUGCCUUGCUAGUCUCUAUAUUAAGAAAGCUGGUAGGGUUAAAAGUGCGUAGCUGCUGUUCUGUAGUUUCAGUUUUGAGGAUGAAGCAAUGUAUUGGCUUGAUUUUGGAGAGAAAGGGGGGUUUGAUUUCAUUGGUCAUGGUUUGAAAAAUAGAGGGAAUUUGAGUUCUGCUGAUUGGGUUGUUUAAAAAAUGUUGAGGAAUAGAUUUUGAGGCUGCAUACGAGGCAAGCCAAGUUACAGCAAAAGCUGAGGUAACUGCAGAGGACUCUGAGUUAGGGAUCAGUGUUAGAUAGAACAGUUGGAUGCGUUUAUUCCAACCAUUUUAUUUCUUCCUUUAUGCUCUUACAGUAACUGCUGGGGCUUUUUUUCAUGUUGUUCUGUACAAAUAAACCAAUGCUAGAUUGAGCAUUUUCUCCCAAA